CGGAGCGUUCGAGCGCCGCGCUGCUGUCACACGCACAACCGAGAGACGGAGAGACGAGAAGGCUUUUUAUCCUUCAGCCAUCCAGAACUGAACUGCAGAACAAGUCGAGCUUUGCCUUGCCAAAGAGGAGCUGAAGCCAGACGCUAGAAUAAUGGCGGUGCGGAGAGAAGGCGGUGAUGAUGCGGAUGUCGGUCGCCGCGGCGCGCGCCAGCUCUCUGUAAUAACGCGCGCGGAGCACUGAUUAAUGCGCACGGGGCUGCGACCGCGAGUCCCAACAGUUCAGCCGCAUACUGAGAGACAGCCAGAGAGCCAGAGAGGCCAACGCAGACCCCGGAACCCCUAACCUGAGGAUUUUUAAAGAUGGUUUUGCAGCCAUGGUUACACGCUCAGUCCCGCUUGGCUGUUUGAUGUGACAUUCUAUAUCCUGUGAAGCGUAUAGCCAGUUUUUGCCUGUGUGCGUGCCUGUGGCAGAGAGUGGGAGUGUACGAGCGAGCGUGUGUGAGCACUCUCACAUGGCCUCGAUGCAGGACGGGGUGAACUUCACUGCUCCCCCCUACGGCAAAGUGUUGCUGCUCGGGGCCAUCGCAGCUGCCUCGGCCUUCGUCGUCACCAUCCUGAUUGUCGUGCUGUGUGUGGGCUGCCACAGGAAGGGGAAGAGUCACAAUGGUACUGGUGAAGAGAGAAAGCACAGACUCAUGGACAUGAACAUAUUGCGGCAGUCAAAGCUGCGCUCCAUCAGUAAGUCAGACACCAAGCUCCAUGAGAUGAACAGACUCAACUGCAAUGGCAAAAAAUCCUCCAAGAAGAACCGUCCAGCCAGUAUGGACCUGCUCCUGCUGCCAAGCCGUCGCUCCAAUUCUGACCUGCGAACCUCACAAGGCCGCCAGGUGCCCCAGGUGCCGUCAGGGGAGGAUGGAGAGCACACAUACGCUGAGGUGGGGCGUCGCUCGUCCCCCACUCGCUGUCCUGAGGCCGCGCUCAGGGGGCGGGCUGGAGAGACAGACACCCCCGCCCCCCCAGCUGUUCCCGCCAAUACCCCAGCCCCACCUGAUCCGGAUGGGGACAGCCUGGAUGGCGGGAUUCCUGAGCCUGAGACCCUCCCUCAGGUAAUGAACCCGCCCCCGCAGCCUCCGGAAACAGCUGAGUAUGCGUGUAUCAGAAAAGUUCGCAAGGUUGACAAAGCUGCCCAGAAGAGGGAUAAUGGCACUGAGACGGAGGAGGGGCUCGGCCAGGCACAGCGGCACAGUAGUGGAGAGAUUCGGCAUGCUCCGCCCAGUCAUCCAGCUCCGCCCCCACCACAUCCGCACAGUCAAAAGUUGCCACGCAAGAAUGUGGAGGCUUUCAAUCUUCCUUUCUUUCCAAAGGAGGCAGUGUUUAUUGGAAAUGGAGAGGAGUACAUAUGGAAGCCUCCUGAAGAUGAUGACAUCAUGUUCCAGCCCAAGCACAUAGGCCCUCUGAGCCCUCACAUGGGAGAAAACAUGGCAGCUGGGAUCUCAGAUAUGUAUUCUAAAGUCUGCAAACCAGGCAAGAAGAAAAGAGGCAUGCCCGGCUCGCCUACUGGUCCUAGGGAUAUUGGUGGCUAUCGGACCUUGGCCCGAGGUGAACGUGAUGGUGGCUUUAAUGUGGUGGUGAAGCCACAGACAUGGGCGCCACAGGAGGCAAAAGGCUCAAGGAUGCCCCCUGGCUCAAUGGAAGAGCACUGCUACGAAGCCAUUGGUGCGGAGGAGAGCGACAUGUCCUAUGAAGCUGCAGAGGUUGGUGGAGGAGGAGGAGGAGGAGGUGGUGGAGGAUGGAAACGAGACAGGCCUCCACCCAAUGCCAGUGCCACUCUCCGGCCCAAGAAGAGAAAGCCACAGCAGCCACAGCACCAACCACCUCCACCACCUCCCCCUCCCCAGCAUACGCCCAAGAUGCAGCACCUGCCAGCCAAAGCACUUUUGCUGCCAGGCGAGAAUCUCUACGAGAGCAUCCCUGACCUUAAGCAGGGCUCAACCACAUCCAGUACCACCACCAUCUUCACUUUUAAUGACGGAAUGGAAAUGUAUGUCACUGGCCUGUAAGGGCUCAAACUUAAAUCUCAUAUGGAAAGACCCCCCAUCUUAUAGUUGAGUGGGAAAGAGGCUUGAUAAGGCAACAACUCUUCCUGCACUCAUUCACACAUCAUGUUUACAUUUCAGCCCUAUGGUUCCCAAGUAGCCCCACACAUUGCCUUAGAGAAGCAGUCUGGAAGAGGGGGCUUAUCUUACAGAAGAUAUUGUGCAAAGGUUUUCAGUGGGGAUGCUAUUGCAUCAUACAUCAGUUUGGUAAACACUCAUUGCACUACCACUUCAUGUCUAACAUGGUGUAUCAGUAUUAAUUGCCUAUGGAUUGGGAUUUGAAAGUGUGGUGGGAAAAAAAGUGAUAACACCAAGGAAAAGACUUAGGUAAAAACUUAUCUCACUUAAUCACAUAUCUUUCGAGAGUAGCAGACAUCAGAAUUCACAAAUCACCAACAAAUCACCACAUAGGGGAAGCCUGUUUAAGGUAUUCUCCAGAAUCCUGUUUUUGAUAGUACACUCACUUGUGCAUUAGUUUCCAUCUAAGUUUCCAUCGGAAUUGCGGGUUUCUUUUGUUUAAUUUUAUGUUAAUUCCAAAGGAAAGGACAAAAUGAGCACAACUCUACUGAGCAGAAAGAAUACUAAAAUGGCACAGAGUAUUUACACUCAAUGUUUUAGAGUAUAUUGACAGAGAAAAAUUAUGCAGUGGGAAAAAAAAGCCCCUUAUUUUAGUGACAAACCAAUAGCAAAAUAUAACUAUUAAUGAAAUUCUGGCUAAGGCCACUAUUGUCAUCCCUUGUAUUGUAGCUUGACAAUGAACACAGGCCUUUAUCUAAAUUAUUUAUUAAUACAUCCACAAGCUUUGGGAAAAUAUGUGGCACUAUUUUUCUAGUGAUAAAGCCUCUAUUUCUGUAAGGAAAUUCUAUGGGAAAUAAAUAUAAAAUAUAGAUAUAAAAACAGUAUUCCCAAUCACUGAAUCACACAACUGCAUAUUGGUCUGCAUAUUCAAAAGCACAGAAUCAUAUAAUGCAAAUUUCCUCUUUCAGCACUUAAAUACAUUAUAGACUGUUUUGAGUCCAUUUGAAAAAUGAGAGCUAAAAUGAAUUACAUGAUAAUUAUAGUAGCAAUUAAAAAAGAGAUCCUAAAAAGAAUUAGCAAAAGCUCAGGGAAAGUGAAAAAUAUAUAAAGGUAAUUGAAUUAGUUGCACAUGGAACUAUUUUCCUCUAAGUGAAACAAAGAGAGUUUAGAGCAUUUUAGGCAUUGGACCUUGCCCUUCAGAAUGGUUUUUUAAUCUUUUUGUUUUCAUAGUACUAACUUUUUUCGUUUUAGCUCAUAACAUAAACACUUAAAUGGCUGUGUAUGAAGUCACCACUGCCGUACAAUACAGUACAAUAAUGUUUUACGUUGUUAAUACUGUUAAUGCACUUUGCCUGAUAAAAAAAGAUGCAUGUAUUAAAAAAAAACAUACAAAUGAAAAAAGGUGAUGAAAAAAAACAAGUUAUCUGGUGUCUGAGAAUGGUUUAUUUCUUGCUGUUGUCGGUUGCUUAUUUGAUUUAAUUGCCUUUUCCUCUGCUAAAGAGAGAGCACAAUGUUUUGCUUCAAGACUGAUGAAUCAAGGUGAACUUUGUCUACAUCUGACAUUACACAACUGGAAGCAGAAUGUGACUGGUCAUAGUGAAUAAAUCAUAGACAAUUCUCCUCAUUUCUCCAAGUGAACACCAAUCAGGAUGUCUGCAUUUGGCUCAAACACCUUUUAGGCGGACAUAUGCUCUAGGUGGAAUUUAGGUGGAAUUUCACCCAACUGUCUUUCAGCACAUUAAUCUGCUGUAUAAUAAUUGGGAAUAAUGUAAAGAAACACUCUAUUGAUGCUAUUGAAAUGAUGGUAACCAGUGAGUAUAGUGCGCUACAGUGGUUUUUAUGGUUGUGGUUUUAAUGCACACAGCAUUAUCUGUGACGUUCCUCAAGAAUUGAAGAAAAAAAAAAAACGAGUUAACCUUCACCAGUGAGAAUUAAUAUUAGUGUAAAAAGAGGCUUGAACCCAUGGAGAAAGACUGCAGUCUAUGAGUCUGGCACACAGUCACUGUCAUAUAUGUUGGAGCAACGUUGUAAAUAUUUUACAAGAAAUGAAAAGAACAGGAGGAUCAAGGUGAAGUUGCCCUAGGUGUAUUUGAACAUAUGUGUUUCUUUUCAUUUGUUCUUUUGGAAUGAUUUUUCUCUGGUGAAAAUUUUGCUCAGCAGUAUCUCUGUGGGUUUUGAUGUGUUUCGUUAUUUUUUUUAUUCUUUUCCCGUGCCAUUUUGAGCUAUUAUGUGUAUUUCAAAGAUCAACUGAGUAUUAGUGUGGCAGCUGAUGUUGUGUGUUUGCUUAUCAGACAACAGGGUUGUGUGUUCCAGCCGUGUAAGUACUCAUGUGCAAAAGAUUGUAAUGUUUUUAUAACAAAAUGACUAUUCAUAAAAAAUGUCAACAAGUUUAUACUUUUCUAAUAAAGUAGCACCUAAAAACCUG